CUCUGCAGGUGAUGAGUGGUACCUGUGCAGGCUGACUCUGAGCAUGCCCAGUCAGGCUGACCUACAGUGGGCAAUGUUUCCUUCACCUUACCUGGGCGCCAUCGGUCCUGACGUGACUCCCGGCUCCAUCGUCUACCAACUGUCGGCACGGCAACGAGAUGGGACACUAGGGCAGGCACAGUUCCUCCUACUGGAUGGAGGUGAGGACUGCUUCGAGGUGGACCGUCGCUCUGGUGUGAUCAGGACCACAGGACGACCCCUGACCCCCAGCAAGGAGUACCUGCUGCGGGUGCAGGCGGUGGACGGCGGAGGCCGCAAAGGCCCACCAGCCACCGUCGCCAUCCUGGCUGGGUACAGGCCGCCCCAGUUUACCAACUCCACCUACAGCCUGAAUGUGCCAGAGAACACACCUGUUGGUCACACUGUGGCUGUGGUUCAGGCUGUUUCUUUCCAAAAGAAGAGUCUGUCUUACAUGCUGUUGGUGAAUCCCGGUAAUCUCUUCAGCAUCAACCAGGAGAGUGGCGGUCUCAGCCUCACCAGGUCUGUGGACUUUGAGAGCGGCCACAACCUUCACACCCUGCAGGUCCGAGCCUCAGAACCUGAUACGGGCCUCAGCGGCGUGGCCGAGGUGGCUGUGCAUAUAACAGACGAGAACGACUGCACGCCAGAGUUCCUCCACUCCAUCUAUACCAGAGACAACAUACCUGAGAGCGUGGCACCUGGAACCUCCCUGCUGCAAGUCUUGGCUCGUGACUGCGAUUCGGGCGUGAACUCCGAGCUCUCUUACUCCAUUCCAAGCGGUGACUUUGGCAUCACGUCAGGAGGCGUGGUCAGCCCCACCCAUCGGCUGGACUACGAGCGGCCCAACCACAUGUACGAGUUUGUGGUUGUGGCUGUGGAUGCAGGGAUGCCCCCCCGCACCGGGACGGCCUCCGUCCGCAUCCGAGUUUCAAACAGCAACGACGAGGCGCCCGUCUUCUCUCAGAGCGUUUAUAAGACAUUUCUCAGUGAGGAUGCUGGUCCCGACACGCUGGUCGCCAUAGUCCACGCCAACGACCCAGAUGGAGAUGGUGUGUCUUACGCCAUCACUGGUGGUAACGAGGAGAGCAUCUUCCAGUUGGACAACCAAAAGGGUAUCAUUAAACUGCGGCGGAGUCCACCUCCCAGAUUGCGGGGACCCCAGUAUGUCCUCAACAUCACCGCCACUGACGAUAACGCCUCUGGGGGGCCAUAUCCACUCAGCAGCUCAGCUCAGGUCAUCGUUGGAAUCAACGACAUCAACAACAACAAGCCGGUGUUCGAGGAGUGUCAGAACUACGGUCUGAAUGCAGCGGUGCUGGAAAAUCAGCCACCGGGGACCUUUGUGCUGCGUGUCCAGGCCCACGACGCUGACAUGGGGGUCAACGGAGAGGUCAAAUAUGGCAUUAUGCACAGAGACGGUGUGUCGUCUGAGUUUGACAUCGAUCCUGACACUGGCGUGAUCACAACAGCGGUGAGCUUUGAUCGCGAGCACCAGAGGGAGUUCACGCUGUCGGUGACGGCCACCGAUCAGGCCGAGGAGCCCCUCAUCGGGAUCUGCCAGAUCACGGUGCUGAUCUCCGAUCAGAAUGACAACGACCCCAAGUUUGAGAACAGUCGUUACCAGUACUUCCUGAGGGAAGACACUCCUGUUGGAACUAGUUUCCUGCGAGCAGCAGCGCACGAUGACGACCAGGGUAGCAAUGCAGCCAUCACCUACUCACUGUCCAAUCAGAAGCCCGCUUAUCUGCACAUCAACCCCAGCACUGGUUGGAUUUAUGUCAACCACCCCAUCUCACAGACUUCCAGGAUAAACCAGCAGAUUGUGGCCUCAGACGGAGGGAACCGAAGCAGCUCCGUGGAUCUGACUGUCAUCAUCACCAACGUCCACAACCAGCCGCCACAGUGGGAGCAGUCCGAGUACUGGGUCACGGUGCCAGAAAACACCGUCCGAGAUGCCAAGAUAGUGACCAUCAAGGCAACGUCUCCUCUCGGUGAUCCCCGGGUGACGUACAACUUGGAGGAGGGUCAGGUGCCAGAGACCAACAUGCCCGUGCGGUUCUACAUCAAGCCGAACCGCGCCGACGGCUCGGCGUCCAUCCUGGUGGCCGAGAACCUGGACUACGAGACGACCCGGUUCUUCACUCUGCGGGUGCGCGUUCAGAACGUUGCAGCCGUGCCGCUCGCUUCCUUCACCACUGUCUACGUCAACCUGACCGAUGUCAACGAUAAUGUUCCCUUCUUCCUGUCGUCCACCUACGAGGCCACGGUUCCCGAGGGAGCUCAGAUCGGCACGUCUGUGGCUCAGGUGUCGGCCACAGACCUGGACUCUGGCCUGCACGGGGAGAUCCAGUAUGGAAUCCUGAGGGAUGAGAGCGGGGACUCGCAGUUCUUCAGCAUUGACCCGCACACCGGAGUCCUGGUCACUGGAGCCUCUUUCGACCGUGAGCAGAAAGCGUCCUACCUGAUUGAGGUGCAGUCGCAGGACGGCUCAGAGUCAUCCCGACCGGGCCAGCAAGGCCAGCCAAACACAGACACUUCCUACGUCAGGAUCUUCGUUGCUGAUGUGAACGACAACGCCCCGGCGUUUGCUCAGCCGGUGUACGAGGUGAGCGUGGAGGAAGACAAGGAAGUGGGCUUCGUCCUCAUCACCGUAACAGCCAACGACGAAGACGAAGGGGCCAACGCCAAGCUGCGAUACCAGAUCACUUCAGGGAACACGAUGGGGACCUUUGAUGUGGAGCCUGAGGUGGGCACCAUCUUUGUCGCUCAGCCGCUCGACUACGAGAUGGAGCAGCGUUACGAGCUCCGGCUGGUCGCCUCCGACGGGAAGUGGGAGAACGAGACACUGGUGGUGGUUCAGGUUGUUAACCGCAACGACGAGGCGCCAGUCUUCAGUCAAACCGAGUAUCACGCUGUCGUCAUGGAGGAGCUGACACAGCUUCCUGUCUUCAUCCUGGAGGUAUCUGCGACGGAUCCAGACCAGGAAGCUGACCAGACUGCCCUGCGUUACACACUCCAUGGCCAGGGUGCAGGUGGAGAAUUCACAAUUGACGAACACACUGGCAGAAUCUACGCUCAGCGUCGCCUGGACCGCGAAGAGCGCCCUGCCUGGAGGUUCCUCGUCCUCGCCACAGACGAGGGCGGGGCGGGGCUGACGGGAUUUGCUGACGUGCUCUUAGAAGUCAGGGACAUUAACGACAACGCCCCCUAUUUUCCGUGCCCAAGUCUGGAAGCGGAUGGCUGCUUUGUCGGCCAGGUGCCCGAAAACUCCCCUGCUGACACCUCAAUCAUGGAGAUGCGCGCAAUGGACCUGGAUGACCCGAAUGAGGGCCGGAACGCCAUGCUGACCUACAGCAUCAUCAAGAAUAUUCGCAACGAGAUCAACCUUAACCUGUUCUCCAUCAACGCGACCACGGGGACCAUCUACACGGUUCUGCGUUCCCUGGACCGGGAGUCAAAUGACCGAUAUCUGGUGGUGGUAGAGGCCCGAGAUGGGGGAGGUCUGUCGGGGACAGGGACCGCCACCAUUAUGGUUUCAGAUGUAAAUGACCACCCACCCAUUUUUACGCAGCGGCUCUACACCUCUCAGAUGACGGAGGAUCUGGAGGUGAACAGCGAGGUCCUCGUGGUUUCUGCCACCGACGGGGAUGAGGGAGAGAAUGCCGUCGUAACUUUCAGCAUUGUCGGUGGAGACGAGGACAGGAAGUUCUUUGUCGAAACGGACAAAGUCAAUCGGCGGGGGGUGAUAAAACUUAAGAAGAAGGUUGAUUUCGAGAAACCGCAUGAGAGAGCUUUCAACCUCACCCUGAAGGCGGAGGACGCCGACUUUUACAGCCUGGCCUACUGCUUUGUUCAGGUGGAAGACUCCAAUGAUCACGCCCCUGUCUUCCUGCCGCAGUUCUAUGAGUCCCCGACCAUGUCGGAAGAUGUUCCCGUGGGAACAAUCGUGGCUCAGGUCACAGCAUCUGAUCUGGAUUCGGGCCAAAAUGGUCACUUCUCUUACAGUAUUUCCAAAGAAUCAGAUCCCUACGGUCAGUUCCUGGUAGACCAGUCAGGUUGGGUCGUUGUGGCUGAUUCCCUGGACAGAGAGAAAAUUUCUCAGCACAGGAUCAUGGUCCUCGCAGUAGAUGCUGGUAUUCCACACCUGACUGGCACUGCCAUCGUCAUGGUGACCGUUCUUGACGUUAACGACAACGGCCCCGAGUUUGAGGCCCCCUAUAAGCCUAUUGUUUGGGAGAAUGUGGCAGCACCUCAGGUGGUGCGAAUGAAUGAAACUUCCCUUCUUCUUCACACCACCGACCGCGACACCUCCACCAACGGCGGCCCGUUUUCCAUUCGCCUCCUCAUGCUCACAUCAGACGCCACCAACUUUAAUCUGACGGACUACCGGAAUGGAAGUGCAGCCAUCACCACCCUUCGCACUUUCGACCGUGAGCGCCAGAAGGAGUACCGCCUCCCCAUUCUCAUGAUUGACAGCGGCUCUCCUCCUAUGAGCUCAACCAGCACGCUGACGGUCGUCAUUGGCGAUAGGAAUGACCACCCACACUUACCCGGACACACCAACUUCAUUGUGUAUAGUUAUGAAGGUAUUCUCCCGAUGACAGUGCUCGGACAAAUUCAAUCCCCUGACCUUGAUGACUGGAGUGAGAAAGUAUACCGAUUCGAAGGAAAAUCAACCAGGUAUUUCAGCCUGAACCAGAGCUCGGGUCAGCUCAUUAUCAGGGAGGGGACGCCUCCUGGCUCGUACCAUCUGCAGGUGAGCGUGUCGGACAAAACGUGGCCUGAUGUCACCUCAACCGCCCAGGUGCAAGUCGCAGAGCUGCAUCAGGAUGCUUUGCAACAAGCUGCCUCCAUCCGGCUGAGCAACUUGACAGAUGAGGACUUUUUCAGGAGCAGCAGUGGUGCUGACGGGAGUCUGUUUGUCCGAUUGGGUCAGAAGCUAUCUGAAUUCCUUCAGACUUUACCAGAAAACGUGCAGAUCUUCUCUGUGGGUGGUGCAGGCCAUCCAGAUGUGAAGGCACUGGACGUUUGGUUCGCCGCACACGGCUCGCCAUACUACAAAGCCGAGAAGCUGCACGGCAAUGUGGCAGCCAACAAAGCUAAGUUGGAGGCGGCGUUGGGGGUGUCUAUCUCUCAGGUCGGCGUGGAUGACUGUCCGUACGUUGACUGCAGUGGGUCCGGGGGCUGCAGCAGCGAGGUUUCCUUCAGUCAGGCUCCAGUGGCUCUCAGCGCGGGUAACGUCUCUCUGGUGUCCCUGUCGGCCUCUCUGACUGCACAAUGUGGCUGCAGGGGCCGAGAGGCCGUCCACCUGCCCUGCUCUGCCUACCCCGUCAGCCCCUGCCACAACGGGGGCAGCUGCCAGGACGGGCCGCUGGGAUACAGAUGUGUGUGUCCUCCCAUGUUUGACGGCCCUCAGUGCCAGCAGACCAAACACAGUUUUGGGGGUCAGGGUUAUGCCUGGUUUCCUCCCAUCAAGCCUUGCUUCCAGAGCCACAUAACCCUGGAGUUUCUGGCUGAGUCGGCCAACGGGGUGCUCCUCUACAACGGGCCGCUCGGCCUCGUCCACUCCGGGGAGCCGGAGGACUUCAUCGCCGUAGAGUUGAGGAACGGCGUUCCGAUGCUGAGUAUAAACCACGGGUCAGGAACGCUGACCCUGCAGCUUCCGCGCAAAUCCACCAUCAACGACCGCCGCUGGCAUCGCCUCGACAUCAUCAGUGAUGGAAAGAUUGUCCAGCUGAUCCUGGACCAGUGUGGAAGUGUGGCAGUGAAUGAGUUGGAAGGUGUUAGAGGAGAGGCUCAGGAGAUUGAUGAGUCCGGCUGCAAAGCUACGGGAGAGACGCCCGGGAACCAGCGGUAUUUAAAUGUCUUCCAGCCUCUUCAGCUGGGUGGGGUGAAGGAACUGUCCCCGUAUCGACGUUACCAAAGUUUCACCGGCUGUAUCCGCAACCUGGUGGUUGACAGUCAGGUGAUGGAUCUGGCAUCCCCGGGCGAGAGUGUGGACAGCGCCCCGGGAUGCAGGCUGACCGACGGAGUGUGUGUGACAGCCGCCGGCCCGUCGUGCGGCCUUCACGCGUCCUGCCUGGCCGACUGGGGCUCCUUCAGCUGCGAGUGCCGCCCGGGAUACACCGGGCACAAGUGUGACAGAGCUGUUCCGGAGUUCUCUUUCGACUCGCGCAGCAUGGUGCGUUUUCAGCUCAGGGGAGGCAGCAGCUCCAGACGCACCAGCAUCCAGCUGCUGCUCCGAACCCGAGCCACCGCGGGCACCCUGCUCUCCAUGGCGUCCCGGGAGGCCAGCGAGUACAUCAUCCUGGAGAUCAUCGAGGGUCAGGUUGCGGUGCGGGCCAACCUGGGCGACGGAGCACACACGUUACGUCUCUCUGGUCAUCGCGUGGACGUCGGCCAGUGGAUCCUGGUCAGCCUGAGUCGCCAUGACAACACCUUUACUCUACGCCUGGAGCGGGGCGGGGGCUCGCGGGAGAUUCAGGCUCAGUUGGGAAGACGCAGGGAGAUUGUCAUUUACCCGUCCAGCCUGAUGGUGGGCAGUGGGCCUAACGCUGGAACCAAGACUCACUUCCAGGGUUGCUUGCGGGACGUUCGUUUUAACGGCCAGGUCCUCCCUCUGGAGGGGCAGAACAGGGAUUUGGUGACGGUGCUGGAGAGGCGAGCCGUGACGUCCGGCUGCUCCAGCGACGCCUGCAGCGGUCAGCCCUGCCGCGGCCCCCUGCGCUGCGUCGACCUGUGGAGGAAACACCAGUGCAAGUGUCCUGGCGCUCAGGUGACCGUCACAGACGAGGCGGGUCAGCAUCACUGCGUGCCGUCCCCCUGCCGGCCGUCCUCCUGCCGUAACGGCGGCGUCUGCCAGGCCCUGUCCCCCGACAGCUACCAGUGCCGGUGCCAGGAGGGUUUCAGGGGUCGGCACUGCGAGUUGGGGCAGGUCAAAAGUCACCGCUUGGCCGUCCUGAGUCCCAGCUCCAUCCUCGCUAUCAGCAUGUGCCUUCUGGUCUUUAUCGUGGUGCUGGUGGCAGUGACGGUUUGGAACCAGAAAGGCAGCCGAAACAAGUUCAGAAAACGAGGCGUUUACCACAUCCCUGCCGAGCACGAGAGCUGGGAGGACAUCCGAGAAAACAUCCUCAAUUACAACGAAGAAGGAGGAGGAGAGCAGGACCAGAACGGUUACGAUAUCACGGAGCUGAAGCGCCCGCUGUGCUCCAGUCUGUCUCAGUCCUCGUCCUGCACCACCGCGCCGCUCAUCAAGUCCUCCCCGGGCUCCCAGGAGGAGGUCCACCCGUCCGGCUCCUCCUGCAGCUCGGGCGCUCCCUACCUCAGCAUCCCCCACCACCACCACCACCCCCACCAGCACCACCAUGCCCACCAGGCCCACCACCAGCAGCACGCCGGCGGGGAGGCGGAGCCCGGCGAGGCCCCGCCCGCGCCCCGCUCUCACGUGGACUUCAAAAGCUACGUGGCGCGCAUCGUCUGGGAGGCGGACAACGACGGCGAGGCCUUCCCGCCGGACGCCUACCACGUGUGGUGCGUGGAAGGCGCCGGGUCGGCGGCGGGCAGCCUCAGCUCGCUGGGGUCGGCCGCCUCGUGUCGAAGAGAUGCUCCCAAAGUGGGGGGGGAGGAGGAGGAGGACGAGGGAGGCUUCGCCUACGACCGCUUGUCACGCUGGGGGCCGAAGUUCCGGGCGCUGAGCGACAUGUACGACAGGCCCCCGCUGGCCCUCACAUACAGGGACGCCAUAGCCUACAUCCAGAGGAGCCACAGCCAUGACCCCUUGCCCCCGCUCCACUAG